CGCUCUCUGCCGACCAAUGCGCCGCUUCAGCUUGAGCUCAGCUCUCACUCAGCUGUGGAAGCGAAAAUAGUAAGCUGCCGUCCGUGCAAAAAUCCGCAUAUUAUCUCGUCGCUGUCGGCACAAUCACGUGGAAUCAGGAAUUACGAUGGCAGAAAUUGGAUUUUUGAAGCAAGAGCCAGGUUACGCGACCAAGGCAAUCCAUGAGGGUCAGGAGCCGAGUCAGUGGAAUUCUAGGGCCAUCGUCCCGCCGAUUACCCUAGCCACCACCUUCGAGCAGGAUGCCCCGGCAAAGCAUAGGGGCUAUGAGUACGGCCGCAGCGGAAAUCCGUCUCGCAAUGUACUGGAAAAAUGCCUUGCUGCUCUAGAUGGAGCAAAGCACGGAUUGUGCUUUUCCUCUGGCCUGGGAGCCACUACCGGGCUGGUCCACUUGUUGAGCGGCGGCGACCAUCUUCUUUCCGUAGACGACGUUUAUGGCGGCACCGGGCGCUACUUCAGGCAGUGUGCAACCAAAUUUGGAAUCCAAGUCGACUUUGUUGACGCCACCAAAUUGGAGCUUUUGGAAAAGGCGAUCAAGCCUAAUACCAAGAUGGUGUGGAUCGAGUCGCCGACAAACCCACUGAUGAAGGUAAUCGACAUCAAAGCUGUUUCCGAUAUCUGCAAGCAACACCCGGACAUCAUCCUCGUCGUGGACAACACCUUCCUCACUUCGUACUUCCAACGGCCCUUGUCACUUGGAGCUGACGUUGUUAUCUACUCGCUGACCAAGUACAUGAACGGCCAUGCUGAUGUAAUCAUGGGCGCUGUUACGACCAGCAAUGAUCAGCUGCAUGACCGUCUCCGCUUCAUCCAGAAUGCUGCUGGAAUCGUGCCUUCGCCAUUUGACUGCUACAUGGUGAACCGCAGUCUGAAGACGCUGGAGCUGCGCAUGCGGCAGCACAUGACCAACGGGUUGGCGGUGGCCAGGGCGCUGGAGGCCCAUCCGCAGGUGGAGAAGGUGCUGCACCCAGCCCUGCCCAGCCACCCCCAGCAUGAGAUCGCCAAGAAUCAGUGCUACGGCCACAGCGCCAUCUUUUCCUUCUACAUCAAGGGAGGAAUCGAGCAUUCCAAUGCCUUCCUCAAGAACCUGAAACUCUUCUACCUGGCCGAGAGCCUUGGAGGAUUUGAGAGUCUUGCUGAGCUUCCAUGCGUCAUGACCCACGCGUCUGUUCCUGAAGAAGCACGGAAGGAACUGGGAAUUUCCGAUACCUUGGUUCGGCUCUCAGUCGGUCUCGAAAACCCAGAAGAUCUGGUCGCAGAUGUCAAACAAGCUCUGGACGUUGUGGCUGCCAUGAAGUAAGCAGGCAUGACAUACAUCGUCACAAUUUUUUAAAGAAAAUUUGAUUGCUACAAAAUAAAAAAUGAAUGUUGAUACUUUUGGAAAA